AUGUCCCACUCAGUUGGAUUAGCUGUAUUCGUUUUGGCGGUGCUUGCCGCGACCUGCUCGGCAAACAAGAAAAUCUUCUGUUACUUUAGCAGUUCGGCUCAGUAUAAAUCCGGAAUUGGCAAGUUUUUACCCGAAAACAUUGAGCCAUCGUUAUGCACUCAUGUUAUAUUUGCCUUUGUCGAUGUUGUUCAUGGUUAUAAGUUGGAGCCAUCAAACUGGAACGACCUAGGAUCAGAUGGUUUGUAUGCGAGAACCGUGGCACUGAAGAAGAAGAACCCCCGAUUGAAGGUUCUUUUGGCCGUGGGCGGAUGGUUCGUGGGAUCGGAACCUUUUGUAUCGAUGAUAUCUAACGUGCUGAAUAGGAAAGCUUGGGUGGCUAAUGUUGUAAAGUUCCUACGUCUGCACGGCUUUGAUGGCCUGGACAUGGACUGGGAAUUCCCCGGGGUAAGGGGAAGCCCACCAGAGGACAAAUACCGCUUUACUACGCUGAUGAGGGAGAUACAAGACGCCUUCAAGCGGGAAUCCUGGCAGAGUCGGAAGGAGAAGUUGAUACUGACACUGGCUACAGCUGCCGGAACUUAUUACAUCAGCCAUGCUUACGAACCUGAGAAAAUUGUACAUACAGUAGACUAUAUGCUGCUGAUGACGUAUAACUAUCACGGCCAAUGGGAAAACACCACCGGGCACCACAGUGGCCUUUAUCCCAACAACCUGGACAGGUCGGCUAAAGAACGAGCACUCUGCGUGGAGUGGUCUGUUAAAUACUGGCUAGGGAAAGGUAUGAGUCGAGAGCGUCUUAUCAUGGGCAUAGCAACGUACGGGAUGAGCUACACACUGAAGAGCCAAUGGCAGAACGGCAUUAAAGCGCCGGCUUACGGCGCAGGCGCAAAGGGGAAAUACACAAACGAGAAAGGCAUCCUUUCAUAUCCUGAGGUCUGCGAGAAUAUUCGAAAUGGGUGGAAGAAAGUCGACAUCCCUGAGCAGUACGCUCCGUACGCGACGGGCGGAAACCAGUGGGUGGGUUAUGAGGACGUCAACAGCGUUCGGGUCAAGGCAGAAUAUUUAAUGAAGCAUAAUUUAGCCGGCGCCUUCAUCUGGUCAGUUGAGAUGGACGAUUUUACCGGACACUGUGGUCAAGGGCGUUAUCCACUUCUGUCCAAAAUCUACUCCGUUCUUAACAAACGUUCAUCCUGGACGAAGCCUGUGUCCAAGCCUAUACCUGCCCCUCAAAAACCAAACAUAGCGGCUGCCCCAGCUGAUAACGUCAAGUGCUGGUCGAAAGGUCUGAAGUCAGACCCUGCUUCCUGCUCCGGGUUUUAUGUGUGUGUCGCUUUGCCCAACGGAUCUUUCGCGAAGGCUCGUGGCUCGUGUCCCAGUCCAUACGCCUUUGACUAUCCCUCCCAGUCCUGUGUCAACGUGUGGGGACGAUGUGGGUGAUGCUUCUAAUUAUGUAACUGAUUUCCAGGGAACCAUAUGUGAAUAUGUUUCCG